ACGUUGCAGACGCGCCGGCUCCUGGCCCCGCCGCCGCUUUCUCCUCCUCAGCCCGGAUUGACGGCCUACUGUGCGGCAACGAUGGCGGAUUAUUGGAAGUCCCAGCCAAAGAAGUUCUGCGAGUACUGCAAAUGCUGGAUAGCAGACAAUAAGCCUAGUGUGGAGUUCCAUGAAAGGGGAAAGAACCAUCAAGAAAAUGUGGCAAGGAAGAUCAGCGAGAUUAAAAAGAAAAGUUUGGAUAAAGCAAAAGAAGAGGAGAGAAUUGCAAAGGAAUUUGCUGAGAUGGAGAAUGCAGCUAUGAAAGCUUAUCAGGAAGAUCUGAAGAGGCUUGGAGUCAAUAUUACAGAUUCAUCAUCAAGCACAACUGAAAAAAAGCCAUCAGUAAAGGUUUCUGAUACACAAUGUGGUACAAAGAAAAGUAAAGCAAACGUCUGGGUGGAAGGUGUCUCACCGGAAGGAUAUACUUAUUAUUACAACACUGGAACAGGAGAAUCACAAUGGGAAAAGCCUGAAGGGUUCCAAGGGAGCUCAAACUUUGUGCAGAGUGAAGUUGCACAACAGAACCUGUCAGCCUCUUCAUGGGUAGAAGGAGCUACUCCAGAAGGCAGCACCUACUUUUACAAUCUUAUAACAAGAGAAUCGCAAUGGGAAAAUCCGGAGGGCUUCAUCGUUUCUCGUGAAUGCUCAGAUACAGCAUGCAAGGAUAAGACUGAGCCAGCAGGGUCCGCGAAAGAAUUCAUAACAGAGGAACGUGUUGAGAUAAACACUGAAGAUUACUCCCCAGGAGAAGAGGAGCAGCUGUCUAAAGACAUAGAGGCUUCCAUUCCACAAAGUGAAACAAACGCCUUUCUCCAGAAUCAAAAUGCUGCAGGAGAUGAAAGUGAUGCAAAGUCUCCUGAAGAAAAACUCGAUACAGAGGUAGAAACCACAUUGCCCCAGGAUGAGCAUCAACAAGAAGCAAAGAAGAAGAGGAAGAAUGUAAACCCAUAUGGGGAAUGGGAAGCUGUAAGAGAGGAAGAAGAAGAACAGAUAGACCUGCAGCUGCCUAAAGUAGAGUGUGCUGCUCCAGCAGUGAUUGAUGUAAGCCAUGAACCCAAAGUCAAGUUUAAACAGAAAGAAAUAACUUCACUGGGAAGCGAUGCGGGAGGAGAGACCGUGUUUAAAAAAAGGAAAGUUGAAAAAGAAAAGUCUAGGAACUUUCGGCGAAAAGGGAAUGAUAACUGAAUUUCUCAAAAUGUAAAGCAUAAAUAUAUACAAUGCUAGGAAGGAACUGCAGAUGCUGGUUUAAAUCUAAGAUAGACACAAAAUGCUGGAGUAAAUCGGGACAAGCAACAUCUCUGGGGAGAAGGAAU